AUGGACGCGCCGUCAAAGUCGUGGCUGCCGCAUCAGGGUCAGUUUGGGUUAGGUGGUCAAGUGGAAGUGUGCUGUGGUGGAUCCGGCGUUUUAACCCCAAACCAAUCACGGAGGGCAAGUUUUGCCUCUGUGCGACAGUCAAGCAUGGAAACGCCUCCCAACACCACCCCACAGUCCUUCAGACAGCCAAGUUUCCUCAAUCGAAGGCUGAAGGGCUCCAUCAAGAGGGCCAAAAGCCAGCCCAAACUGGACCGGACGAGCAGUUUCCGACAGAUGAUUUUGCCUCGGUUCCGUAGCGCCGAUCAAGAAAGGACACGCUUGAUGCAGAGUUUCAAAGAAUCCCACUCCCACGAGUCGCUGCUUUCUCCCAGCAGUGCUGCCGAGGCUUUGGACUUGGUGCUGGACGAAGACGCCGUCAUUAAACCCGUCCAUUCUAGCAUUUUAGGGCAAGAGUAUUGCUUUGAGGUUACAACUAAUUCAGGGACAAAAUGUUUUGCCUGCCGUUCCGCUUCGGAGAGGGACAAGUGGAUUGAAAACCUGCAAAGAGCUGUCAAACCCAACAAGGUGAGCCUUAUUCUAAUUCAAGACAACAGCAGGCGAGUGGAAAAUGUGCUCAAGUUAUGGAUCAUUGAAGCCCGGGACUUGCCAACGAAGAAGCGCUACUACUGUGAGCUGUGUCUGGACGACAUGCUAUAUGCCCGCACCACCAGCAAACCUCGCACGGACACCGUCUUCUGGGGCGAGCAUUUCGAGUUCAACAACCUGCCCACCAUUCGUAGCCUUCGCUUGCACCUCUAUAAGGAGACGGACAAAAAACGACGCAAGGAGAAAAGCACAUACAUCGGCCUUGUCAGCAUCCCCAUCUCCAGCAUCACAGGCCGUCAAUUUGUAGAACAGUGGUAUCCCGUCAUCCAGUCCAGCGUUUUAGCCAAAAGCGGCGGUGUCGGGAGUGGCAAAAUUAUCAACGCCUCACUUCGUGUCAAAUCCCGCUACCAAACCAUGAACAUCCUCCCCAUGGAGCUGUACAAGGAGUUCGCUGAGUACAUCACCAACAACUACCGAACACUGUGCGCAGUUCUGGAGCCGCUGUUGAGCGUGAAAAGCAAAGAGGAAGUGGCGUUUGCCUUGGUGCACAUCCUCCAAAGCACUGGGAAAACCAAGGAGUUUCUCUCUGACAUGGCGAUGUGUGAAGUGGAUCGAUUCAUGGAGCGCGAGCACAUGAUUUUCCGGGAGAAUACACUGGCUACAAAAGCUGUGGAGGAAUACCUCAAGCUUAUUGGGCACCGAUACCUCAAGGAGGGAAUAGGUGACUUCAUCCGUGCAUUAUACGAAUCAGAGGAAAACUGCGAGGUGGACCCCAUGCGAGUCCCGCCCUCGGUGCUGGCUGACCACCAAGCUAACCUUCGGAUGUGCUGUGAGCUCCUACUCUGCAAGAUCAUCAACUCCCUCUGCAUUUUCCCCCGUGAGCUGAAGGAGGUGUUCGCAUCAUGGCGGGCCCGGUGUGCAGAACGCGGCAGAGAGGAUCUGGCCGACAGCCUCAUCAGCUCCUCGCUGUUCCUCCGUUUCAUGUGUCCGGCAAUCAUGUCACCUUCGCUUUUCAACCUGACUCAAGAAUAUCCAGCAGAACGCACCUCGCGGACUCUUACACUUAUUGCCAAGGUCAUGCAGAACUUGGCCAGCUUCAGCAAGUUUGGACCUAAGGAGGAAUAUUUGUACUUUAUGAAUGAAUUCCUGGAAAUGGAGUGGGGCUCCAUGCAGCAGUUCCUCUACGAAAUCUCCAACAUGGACGCCGGAGGGAACGCCGGAGGUUUCGAGGGCUACAUCGACCUCGGCAGGGAGCUGUCCAUGCUUCACAGUCUGCUGUGGGAGGUCAUGGGGCAGCUUAGCAAGGACGCCAUUCUCAAACUGGGUCCGCUACCUCGGCUGCUGAAUGACAUCAGCGUGGCCCUGCGCAACCCCCAGCUGCACGCCGUCACCAACCACCAGCCCGAGCGGCCCAAGGACAGACUCUUCUCUCGGCCCACGUUCAAUCGCCUCAUGUCCUCCGACUUCCAGAGCUUGAUGAUGCGCGACUUAAACAGUUCCAUAGACAUCUCCCGCCUGCCGUCGCCGCCCACCGUUUCGGCCGUCGAGUCCCUGUCGUCCAACCUCAACAUGAGGCGUCAGGCCGAACGAGACCUGCGCUCAUCCCGUGAAGUGUUUUACGUGACUCGACCCCCGCUGGCUCGAUCCAGUCCGGCUUACUGCACCAGCAGUUCGGACAUCACGGAACCCGAUCCUAAGGUUCACAGUGUGAACAAAAGCGUGUCAAUGAUGGACCUCCAAGACUCGCGCAUGAACAGCAUCUCCAACCUGAACUCUGUUGGGGACAUGUUAACCUCCUCCCAGGCCUCCAUCGCCGGCUUGGGCCACAGCUUUAGCAACUUGGGCGGCCCCCUCCGCAUGGGUGGCUCCGGCCUGAGGCUGAGCCAGAUGGGCCACAUCGGCGGCCCCACCGAAUCCAUCUCCCAGCAGCAACAGCAGGCAGCGGCGGCCAUGAACUACCCGCUGUCUUUCCAGAAUCCUCUCUUCCACCUGGCGGCGCAGAACUCGCCGGCUCAUCCUCCGCCGCCGCCCCUCCUGCUGGCACCGGAACCGGAGAACGGCCACCACGACUACACGCCGGCAUUCGGCAAUAACGUCUUCUCCCGCAGUGAAGAUUUAUCGGCGCUACGGUCUCAGAACAGCCUGGUUCAGCCUAGCAUCGUCCACUCGCAUAGCUAUAGCGACGACUUUGCCCGGCAGAACCAGAACGACUUUGUCUGGCACCAGCUCUCUCUCCAAGUGCAGGAGUCCCUCCAGCAGCAGCACAUGAUGGGCGUGGCUUCUCAGACGGCCACCGGAACAGGCACGCCCGCCUCCUUGGCCACGCCUCCUACGACCGUUCACCCCGUGCGCCAGUCCUCCAUCGCUCCUCAGCUCCUCAAGUCCCAACGCUCCAUCAACAACCCGGCGACUGCUACGCCACCCAAGGCCCGACCCCAAAGCAGGAACCUCCUACUGGAAUCCACUGACACCAACUUCAUUCAGGCUAAACAGCGGCAAACGCAACCGCAACAACAACAGCAACCUACGCAAACUCAGCAGCAAGAGACUACGACGGACAGUCCGGCUCCUGGUUUGCCGUUUCAGACAGGAGCCUCCAAGGAGAAUCAGAAUCCGUCCUCCGUCGCUACCGCCGCGGCCGAGGACUCGACGGACACGCCAACCAAAAGCGGGAAAAAGUCACAACAGCUGCAGCCUCCACAACAACAUCUGCUGAAGCCACUGGGCAACAAGCAGGGCUCUCAGUCCAACUUAAAUGAACGCACCGUAGCUUGGGUGUCUAACAUGCCUCAUCUUUCCGCUGACAUUGAGAGCCUGCGCCCUGACCGCGAGGGCCAGCUCAAGGAGUACUCCAAAAGCAUGGACGAAUCCCGUCUGGAGAGGGUGAGAGAGUAUGAGGAGGAGAUCCACUCUCUGAAGGAGCGUCUGAAAAUGUCCCAUCGCAAGCUGGAGGAGUACGAGCAGCGGCUAGCGUCGCAGGAGCAGCAAACCAGCAAGAUUCUUCAGCAGUACCAGUGCCGCCUUGAGGACAGCGAGCGCCGUCUCAAGCAGCAACAAGUGGAGAAGGACUCUCAAAUCAAAGGCAUCAUUAACAGACUCAUGGCUGUGGAAGAUGAGCUGAGAGGGGGCGCCAUUCCUGAUAUUAAGCCUCGAAUCCUCACAGACCAGUCUAUCAGCCAGGGGUAUGGGGGCCUCCCAGGAUCCUGA